UCGGGCCCGCCUCGCCCAGGCAAUGACAGCGGCUCCGGCGUCCCCGCAGCAGAUGAGGGACCGGCUGCUGCAGGCCAUCGACCCCCAGAGCAACAUCCGGAACAUGGUGGCGGUGCUGGACGUCAUCUCCUGCCUGGAGAGGUUCCCCAUCACCAAAGAGGCGCUGGAGGAGACGCGGCUGGGCAAGCUCAUCAACGAUGUGCGCAAAAAGACCCAGAAUGAGGAGCUGGCACGCAGGGCCAAGAAGCUGCUGCGGAGCUGGCAGAAGCUCAUCGAGCCAGCACACCAGGCGGAGGUGGCUAUGCGGGGUCUGGCUGGCACCCCAGGCUCAGCCAACGGGGGUGCGCACAACUGCCGGCCUGACGCAGGAGCUGCCAGCGCGCCCAAGAGCCUGCAUGACCUGAGGGGCCGCAACGACAUCCAGAGGUUGCCAGGACCACGGCCGGACAAGCUGGCCAGCCGUAAGCGCCGUGGGGAUCAGCGUGACCUUGGGCCCCCUGGCGCUCCCCCCAAGGUCUCCAAAGCCAGCCAUGAAUCCCUGGUCCCCAAUUCCUCCCCCCUCCCCACCAAUGGCAUCGGUGGCAGCCCAGAGAGCUGCCCUGGGCCCCUGGACGGCGGUCGCUUGGAAGCGGGCGAGGGCGAGCCACUGGGGGCCAGGGUCCCAGUCAACGCUGUGCGGCCCCACACCAGCUCUCCCGGCCUGGGCCAGCCCCUGGCGCCCUGCUUGCAGACCAAGACCGCUCUGCAGCUGGACCGAACCGACUUGCCCCCGGGGCUGCCCCACCCCAAGGGGCCACCUCGCUGCUCCUUCAGCCCCCGGAACUCAAGGCACGAGGGCUUGGCGCGGCAGCGGAGCCCCUACACGCCCAGGGGCCGCCUGCCCAGCCCUGUGCUGCGGCUGCAGGCUCCUGAGGUAGCCGCGCGGGUGCCCUCUCCGCUGCCACUGGCCCAGCCGUCCACACCCCCUGUGCGGCGGCUCGAGCUGCUGCCCAGCACUGAGAGCCCGGUGCGCUGCCUGGAGCAUUCUGAGGGCCACCCGCGGCUGCUCCCCGCGGCUGAGCCCCUGCUUCCCCGGGCCGGCUUCUCCCCGGACUCUUCUAAGGCGGACAGUGACGCAGCCUCCUCCUGUGGCGGCGGCGGGGGCACGGACAGCAAGAAGAAGAAGCGCUACCGGCCACGCGACUACACCGUGAACUUGGAUGGGCAGGGGGCUGAGGCGGGUGUGAAGCCCGUGCGGUUAAAAGAGCGGAAGCUCACCUUUGACCCCAUGACGAGACAGAUCAGGCCUUUGGCCCAGAAAGAGCAGGCGCGGGCCGACAGCCCGGUGUCCCCCGAGCCGCCUCGCACAGAGCUGGCCGGGCCUGAGGCCAAGGGCAGCGUGCAGAGCCCCUUUGAGCAGACGAACUGGAAGGAGCUGUCGCGGAACGAGAUGAUCCAGUCGUACCUGAGCCGGCAGAGCAGCUUGCUGUCCUCAUCGGGCGCGCAGACCCCAGGCGCCCACCACUUCAUGGCCGAGUACCUGCGGCAGGAGGAGAGUGCCCGGCGCCACGCACACCAGCCACACGUGCUGGAGCCCGAGCCCGGCCUGCCUGCCCACCUCCCGGGGCUGACGCGGGAUGUGACGCCGGACGACGUGGAGCGGCUGCAGGGCCACCCGUGGCCUGGCGUGAACGGGUGUCGGGACACACAGGGUAACUGGUACGACUGGACACAGUGCAUCGCCCUCGACCCGCACGGGGAUGAGGGCCGCCUCAACAUCCUGCCUUAUGUCUGCCUGGACUGACAGACGGCGGCCCGGCCCCCCCGCGCUCCACCCUCAGACUUCUCCUUCUUUUGUGAAAUGCUGCUACCAGUUUGCUAACGCGACGGCAAAGGAAGGCCACCCCACCCCUGUGGCGGGAAGGCAGGCCGGGAGCUCAAAGCUCCACAGCAGACCAGCUGGGAAGAAUAAGAAUGUCCGUGCUCACAUAGGCGAGGACGUGGUGCGGAGCCUCCAGCACCUGCAGGCCCAGCUGCAGACAGGCCCAGAAAGGCUGUGGGAGGCCAUGGUGGGCACAGCCGCUGUCCCCCCUAAGGCCGGAGGCCAGACCCACACUCCACAGCACCCACACAUUUGCUCUCUGUCUCUGUUGUCUUUCUCUGUUUCUCUGUGUCUCUCUUUCUCGGUUCAGUUCCGUCCGUGUCCAAAGCUCCGCUGUGAAGACGGACAUCUCCUAGUUCAUUUGGUUUCCCCUCGGUUCAACCCCACAGGCCAAAUAACUCCCCUACCUGCCCUUCCCGCGCCCCCUUCUAGAAAAGCCAUCUUUCUAGAUUCCCCUCCCCACCACAACAGCAAAGUGGGUGCUACUGGUGUGUGGGCUUCUGUGGGCGAGCCCGUUUGCGCUGGAACACUCAUAACCAUUCCUUUAGAUUUGUUUGCCUUAUGGUUCUGUCAUAAAUGCGAUUUGCAAAAACAAGGAGCCUUAGUGAAUGUACAGUACCUAGACUUCUGUGUUCUCUGGCGCGCAGAAGAAGCAACUUUGCUAUUUGGUCCAGUAAGUGGACAUCUUGUGAUAUAAAUGUGGAAAUAAAAAACCAUUUGCACAAGCCA